CAUGCAAUUGCGUCACUGACUUGCCACUGAAUGAGAGGAUUGCGGAUGAACACGCUUAAACCGUGUUUUUGAUGUCCGGUGUAUUUGUUCAGUGACGAUAAUCCUUACGGCAGAGCCGCUCGAGUUUUCAAAUUACAACUAAAGCCAGCUCAGUUAAGUUCUUGCGGUUUACAAUAUCAUGUUCCAAGUGGAGUAAACGUAUAAACGUUUGAACCUAAUAGCUGGCUGGAGACAAAGUACAAGAAGUAGGGCUACAAGCGUCGGAUUCUUCUACGAGCUGUUCAUCUCAGGUCCACAUCAACGCGUCACUGUUAACAAGAGAGAGAGAGAAGCCCCUUUUUGGCCGUUCGCACACUCCAUAAAGAUGGUAGUGCUCGAGAUUUGUGCGAUUGUGCUUGUGGUGUUAGUGGUAGCUGCUGCGAUCAGUGAAAAAGUCCGCAGCGCAGUGAUUUCGUCGAAUACCUACAAGAAAGCGUUUGCUGUUCACAUGAACCUGUUCAGCCGAAUUCACAACAGGGCCGUGAGAAACCGCAAGGAGGCAAUGUUCGCGCUCAUGAAGCAGUCUCUAAAUGACGUACAAGGUGAUAUCUUAGAGAUCGGGGCAGGAACCGGGGCCAACUUUGAAUUUUUACCCGAGGGUAGUUCUGUUAUUGCGCUGGAGCCUAACCCACACAUGGAGGCGUAUCUCGUGGAAAACGCAAAAAGGUUUCCACACGUGUACCUCAAGAAAAUAGUAGCGGGCUUUGCGGAAAACAUGGAAGGAAUUGCAGAUGAGUCGGUGGCGGCAGUUGUUUGCACUUUAACCCUUUGUUCUGUGCACGACAUGCAAGCUGCGUUGACGGAAAUCAAGAGAGUUUUAAAACCGGGUGGUUAUUUCUACUUCUUGGAGCAUGUAGCAGAUGAGCCGAAGACGUGGAGGAAUUCUCUUCAGAGAACAUUCGACAACCAGUGGAAAUACCUGAGCGAUGGAUGUUCAUGCAGCAGGGAAACUUGGACUUACAUUGACAAUUCUGGAUUCGCGAGUGUCUGGUAUGAAAAGUUCUCACCUGAGCAACUCCCGGUGAUAGCAUACCUCAUGGUUCCACACUUAGUAGGAUAUGCUAUAAAGUGAUACAGUUGCCAGGACAAUUUCUAACUCCGCGAAACUCAAGAUGUACUUAACCUUUUCAGCAUUGAAGGUUCUUGUGUAUGAUGUCUUUUAUCGUAUUGUAAGAUUCACGUAAAUCGUCGUGUUUUCUCAAGGUGACAGAAUUUACUCAUUGUAUAUACGGUUUUAUAUGUUAUUGGACAUCAUGUCAUUACGUGACGCAAUAGAUUGACGUUCAGUUCUUCAACGACUCGAAGGACCAUUUAAAUUUCUAUAUAAGGGUCAUACGGUGUUUGAGUCAGAAUGGAAUAAAGUAUUUUUAACAUAAUAUUUGGAGUUUGAAGGAAAAUAAUAAUAAAGAAAAACGUGUGCUAAAGAAUGAACUAGAAUGUAAUAUAUCAGGGGUAAAAUAAUUAUCCAACAUACCAUGCCAUGUUUCAUUCAUGAUUUGAGGGCGGAUAACAGUGUGUGAUCAUUAGUUACGUAAAGACCAUUUAAGUCUCCAAACGAAUCACUGUAUUGCCCUUACUAAACUAUUUUUAGAAAGAAAGCAAAACACGUACAGUGUACUGUAAAAUGAGUUGUUGUUUAUCUAUCGCAUGCCACUAUACUGUUCUUGACCACUGUUGUCACCUGGCAUUUAACGUCCAAUCAGGGUCUAGGAAAAUGUAGUUCUUUAUUAACGCUCACGUCAUAAAAUAGAGUAGUGUUUUGUUUACGUUGCUUAGAAAUUGAUAUUCCCACGACAGGCACAUUCUAAAGGGAAAAAUUCCUUUUGGUAUUUGAUUGUUCUGUUACGGUAUUAGUUCAAGUUUCUUACCAUUGUAUCCUCCAAUUUUCAGAGCAUGGAACGAAAAAGAUUACACAUUGUUCUCGAAGAGAA